AUGAGACUAGCGAGGUAUCGUAUCAAUAAGAGGGGAAAUGUCAAUACUGAAGUCACCUACACUGCUUCCUACCCAAGGACAACCUCAACAACCAACACCAUGUGUGGCAACUACUACAAAUAUGAUGGCAGCCUUGGCUACGGGUGCUGUGGCUAUGGAGGCCUGGGCUGUGGCUAUGGAGGCCUGGGCCGUGGCUGCUGUGGCUAUGGAGGCCUGGGCCAUGGCUCUGGCUGUGGCUAUGGCUCCUUCUGUGUCUGUGGCUAUGGAGGCCUGGGCCAUGGCUACGGCUCCUUCUGUGGCUGUGGCUAUGGAGGCCUGGGCCGUGGCUGUGGCUGUGGCUAUAGCUAUGACUCCUGCUCCUUCUGUGACUGUGGCUAUAGAUGUGGCUCUGGCUCUGGCUCCAGCUUUGGCCACUACUAUUGA